AUGUCAAAUACUCUACUUUUAAAUAAAUAUUCAUAUUCAACUUUCAAACCUGCAGAACCAUUAACUAUCCAUGAUAUUAAUCAACAAACUGUUGAAGCAAAAUAUGCAGUUAGAGGUAAAAUACCUAUUAUUGCUGAAGGUUUACAAGAAUUAAUUAAAAUGUCACCAACAAAUCAUGGGUUACCUUUUAAUAAAAUUAUUAAUGCAAAUAUUGGUAAUCCUCAACAAUUAGAUCAAAAACCUUUAACUUGGUAUAGACAAGUACUCUCUAUUUUACAAUAUCCAGAACUUUUAAAUGAACCAAAUAAUUUCCCUAAUGAUGUUAAAGAAAGAGCUAGAAAUAUUUUAAAAAAUGUUGGAUCAAUUGGUGCUUAUUCACAUUCUCAAGGUGCUCCAUAUUUUAGACUGUCAGUUGCUGAAUUUAUUACAAAAAGAGAUGGAUUUCCAUCAAAUGCUCAAGAUAUUUUCUUGACAUCAGGUGCUUCAACUGCUGUCUCAUAUUUAUUGCAGCUUUUAUCACAAGAUGAAAAUUCAGGAUUCUUAAUUCCUAUUCCACAAUAUCCUUUAUAUACUGCAUCGAUUGCAUUGAAUGAUUCAAAACCUGUUGGUUAUUAUUUAGAUGAAUCAAAUAAAUGGUCAACCAAUCCUAAUGAAAUUCGUCAACUAUUAAAAACUAAAGCUAAAGAAGGUAUAAAUAUUAAAGCUUUGGUGGUUAUAAAUCCAGGUAAUCCAACUGGUGGGGUAUUAACACGUAAAGAUAUGGUUGAAUUAAUCUCAAUUUGUGCAGAAUAUGGUAUUGUAUUAAUUGCAGAUGAAGUUUAUCAAGAAAAUGUUUUUGAUGGUGCUUUCUUAUCAUUUAAAAAAGUAUUAUCAGAAAUGAAAAAGGAAUCACCAGAAUUAUAUAAGGAUGUUCAGUUAGCUUCAUUACAUUCUACAUCAAAGGGGGUUACUGGUGAAUGUGGUCAACGUGGUGGAUAUAUGGAAUUAGUUGGUUUUAAACCAGAUGUUAGAGAAAUCAUAUUUAAAUUAGCUUCGAUUAAUUUAUGUUCAGUAGUAUCAGGUCAAGCAAUGGUUGAAUUAAUGAUAAAUCCUCCAAAAAAGGGAGAUGAAUCUUAUGAUACUUACAUUUCAGAAACAAAUUCAAUACAUGAUGAUUUAAAAGAAAGAGCAGAACAUCUUUAUAAUGCGUUCUUAGAAAUGGAAGAUGUUUUUGUUGACAAACCACAAGGAGCAAUGUAUAUUUUCCCUAAACUUGAUUUCAAACCUGAAAUAUAUCAUAAAUUAUUUUCAAGAGCUAAAAAUUCAGGUUUACAAAUUGAUGACGUUUAUUGUAUUGAAUUGUUAGAACAUACUGGUAUAUGUUGUGUACCUGGGAAUGGAUUUGGUCAAAGACCGGGCACUUAUCAUUUGAGAACUACUUUUUUACCACCUGGUAAAGAAUGGAUUGUUAGAUGGAAAGAAUUCCAUCAUUCUUUUGUAAAUAAGUAUAAAGAUAUGACUUUAUCUUUAUAA